CCUGUCUUUCCGCUGCAGCGUGCGGGUGUUGCUGGCCUUGGUACUGAUAGCGGCUCUGCUGUGGGAGUCGGAAGCAAGGUUCUCAUGGAGAAACCGCAACAGUUACUCACGGAGGUACCGUCGCACACGACCUAUGUCGGUGUGCUCCAACCAUCCCUCUGGGUGGAGUCCGGGUGUCGUCAGUGGAAUCGGCUGUAGCUACCCGUAUCAUGAGGGAGAGACCUGCGGGUUCACCUGUCGGGACGGGUACAGGCAGACUUCAGGUGACACCAGCAGGACCUGUAGCGGUGGCUCCUGGUCCGGACAACCCCUGGUCUGCGAGUACACCGGAUGUGCCCGACAUCCACCGUAUAGUAGGUUUUCUUGGCGGAAAGGAUGUUUCUAUCCUUACGAGAGCGGAGAGAACUGCACCUACGAGUGUAGGGAUGGAUACACGGCAGUGUCCGGAGACUCUGUCCUCACCUGUAGGGACGGAGCCUGGUCUGGGACAAUGCUGACCUGCAACUACACUGGAUGUGAUCACUUACCGUACACUAGGGGCACCAGUAAAUCGGGAUGCUGGUAUCCUUACGUGAACGGAGAGAGCUGCACCUACACCUGCAGGAAUGGUUUCUCUAGAGUGUCCGGAGACCCCAGUAUCACCUGUCAGAACGGUACCUGGUCCGGGGCUCCGCUGACCUGCAUGUACACCGGGUGCAAACGACCACCGUCCACUGAAGGUACUUCGCGGACAGGAUGCAGGUGGCCUUUCGAGACCGGAGAGAAUUGUACCUAUACCUGCAGGAAUGGUUACUCUAGAGUGUCCGGAGACCCCAGCAUCACCUGUAGGGACCGAGCAUGGACCGGGACUCCGCUGACCUGCGAGAUCACUGGAUGUGAGCGGCCACCGUCCACUAGUGGAAGCUGGGGCCGGGGAUGCAGGUGGCCUUACGAGAACGGAGAGAACUGCACCUAUACCUGCUGGAGUGGACACUCCAGAGUGUCCGGAGACUCCACCAUCACCUGUGUGAACCGUACCUGGUCUGGAACCCCGCUGCAGUGCCGACGUACCUCCGGUUGUAGCCGCUCUCCACCUCGUCGCUAUGGCUCCUGGGGACCCCGGGACUGCGGCUGGCCGUACGAGGAAGGGGAGACGUGCAGGUUCGAGUGCCGGUAUGGGCAUGAGCAGCGGUCCGGGAACACAACCACCACCUGCACCGGCAUGGAGUGGACUGGAGACCCGCUGUUCUGCACCAGGAGCUCCAACUGGUGGUAUGGGCGUUAAGACGUCAACCCGACCGUGAGGCUUGGGCCCAGCAACGUCACUACGUCAUGACGCCAGCUCACAUCCUUUUGUUAUGUUUUGAAUACUUGGAUUAGAUGUUAGAGCAUAAUCAUAAUUAAGAGCUCGACAAGAGAUAAAUCUGUAUGGAUUGAAUUGUGUCUAAAUCAGUUUCAUCCAUUCAAUGGAUGAUUAUAAACAAAGCGUUCUCGCGCUUCUAGUAGCAUAGAGA